UUAUUGGUCUUUCUUCCGUUACCGUACUUAGAAGAAAGAAGGAACAAUGGCGGACGCUGCUCCAGCCACGCGUGGAGGAUUCCGAGGAGGGUUUGGUUCCCGUGGAGGUGGUGAUCGCGGUGGGCCAAGAGGCAGAGGUCGUGGUGGCAGAGGAAGGGGCCGUGGACGUGGUCGUGGCAAAGAAGACAGCAAGGAAUGGAUUCCGGUUACCAAACUUGGCCGUUUGGUCAGGGAUGGGAAGAUCGAAUCCUUGGAGCACAUCUACCUUUUCUCUCUGCCCAUUAAAGAAUACGAAAUCAUCGACAAAUUUCUUGGAGCUGAACUGAAAGACGAAGUCUUGAAGAUCAUGCCUGUACAGAAACAGACCAGGGCCGGUCAGCGUACACGCUUCAAGGCUUUCGUAGCGAUCGGUGACUACAAGGGUCACAUAGGUCUUGGUGUUAAGUGUUCCAAGGAAGUAGCCACUGCUAUCCGAGGUGCAAUCAUCCUGGCGAAACUUUCGGUCGUACCCGUGCGUCGUGGGUACUGGGGAAAUAAAAUCGGUGAUCCCCACACAGUGCCCUGCAAAGUAACUGGCAAAUGUGGGUCGGUCCAGGUGCGUUUGAUUCCUGCACCGAGAGGCACAGGCAUAGUCUCCGCACCCGUGCCCAAGAAACUACUGCAGAUGGCUGGUAUCGAGGACUGCUACACAUCUGCAAGGGGAUCUACGUGUACUCUGGGUAACUUCGCCAAAGCAACCUACGCAGCCAUCGCCAAGACUUACGCAUACUUGACACCAGACCUUUGGCACGACCAAGCACUGCGAAAGGCACCUUACCAAGAGUUCGCGGACUACCUUUCUAAGAACCACAGAGUCAUGGGAGGACAGAGACCUGCCGAGACUGCUUAAACAAUAAACCUUCAUGCAGAAUA